UCCUCCCAGGAUAUCCUCUCACUGAUCCGCAUUAUUUCACAGAAGUACAAGAUUCAGCGCGAUUUAACGGCAAUUUCACUGUAUCCGAUGUUCUGUUAAGCGUACUCUGAUUUGGUCGAGCGUAGAGUGCGUUUAUAUAUCUCACGAUUGAUUUCAGUGACGUCUGAUGUUUUCAUUUUUCUGCUUUUGUGAUUGGAUACAGCAUCUCCUGUUGCUCCCAUGCUCCUCGUCCCCGUCGAGGACCCCGACUCUGACUCCGCAGCCCCGGCCGGCGCUGGCUCGCCGAUGCCCCUGGUCCCCGGGGAGAGCGUGGUGUUGCACCCGGUCCACGGCCCCUCCGGGGGGACGCCUCUGUUCCGCCACCCCAGCGGGCGGCUGGUCCACCUGGUGCCCCUCGACCAGCUGCACCCCGCUCCGCCCGACCCGCCCGCCUCCAGCCCAGAUGCUGUGGCUCAUCUACCUCAAGCCUCCCCGCCAGCGUGCGAAUCUGCCUCUGCAGACACAGGGGCCCCCAGCCCCAGCCCGACCACGCCGGCGCCCCCUCCCUGUCCCGCGGAGACCACGGCCGCAGCCGCCGCCGCCCUCCCCGCCGCUCCUAAGCCGGCUCCCAGCUUCCUGGGACAGCGCGGGACCCAGACCAUCCGAAUCUGCCCCGGCGUGUCCGGCGGGGCUCGCUCCAAAGGCCCGACGACUCCCGCCGGCUUCACCCCGCUGCACGUCCCGCGGGGGACCCCCCCUCGGGCGCCCCGAAAGGAUGCCGAGCCCCCCGGGAAGGGCCCGCGCUCCCCGGAGAGCGGGACCCCGGAGGGCCCUGGCUCGGAACCCCGGUCCCCCGCCGAGACGGACAGCGGGGGUCCCGGGCCUUCGGCCUCCGACGGGGAACGCAGGUCACGCGGGGCCACGCCCGGGCCUGAUGAAACCCACCAAUUGCGCGCGAGCGCGCCCGUGCGCCGCCUGGCUGCGACGGCGCUCGUUGACUCUGCUCAAACAGCAGGCUCGGCCCACAGCGGCAGCUGGGUGUCAGAGAGGGGGGUGCUGGUGGAGGAUGCGUCGGAGGACUCUGACGAGGAUGUAGCGGGCAUGAUGAGUGAUGCGGAAUUGGAAGCAGAGCAGGAGGCUGAUGAUGAUGUGGAUGUUGAGACGAUGGAGGAGCUGCCUGAGGAAGAGUCCACUGCAGCUGCUCAGGAAAAGCUGACCCAAGCAGAACUCAUUCGCCAAGCAGACAGCCAAUCAGAACUGGACACAAACCCGCAAGCGCAGCAGCUGGAGGCGAACGGCGAGCGGGUGAGCCGCACCGAGAGCGAACGCCGCCGCCGCAAUCAGAUGACGGACCUGUUCACCCGCCUGCAGGACGUUCUGGGGAUAGAGUCCAUGUCCAAGAUCUCCAGGGUCUACGUCCUCAGCCGGGCGCUGGAGGAGAUCCAGGCUUUGGCGGAUGAGUGCAAUCGCCUGGAGGCGAAAAAGAGAAGGAUGACACGGCAGAGAGAGGGUUACAUCAAGGAGAUAGCCCAGAGCUCUGGCACCGCGAGUCACCUUCCUCAACCCCUCCCACCAGCGUGUGAAUCUGCCUCCGCAGACGCGCGGGCCGACAGCCCCUCCCCGACCGCGCCCCCGCCCCCUCCCUGCCCCGCGGAGACCGCGGCCUCCGCUCGCACCCCGGAGCGCGCGCCGCGGAAGUGCGCCGCCGCCGCCGCCAGCUCUGAAAUGGCGGGCGGGGCCCAGAGCGGCAGCCGGGUGUCGGAGAGGAGGGUGCUGUCGGACGAUGCGUCGGAGGACUCUGAGGAGGACGGUGCGGGCGAGACGAGCGACGCGGAAUCGGACGUGCAGCAGGAGACCGAUGCAGUGAAUGUUGAGACGCUGGAGGAGCUUCCUGAGAAGUCCACGACGCUGUCCAUGACUGCAGGAGCUGCUCAGAAAAAGCAGAGCGAAGCAGAACUCAUUCGCCAAGCAGACAGCCAAUCAGAACUGGACACAAACCUCGCUGCGCGGCUGAGUCACACCGAGAGCGAACGCCGGCGCCGCAAUCAGAUGACGGACCUGCUGACCCGCCUGCAGGACGUUCUGGGGAUAGAGUCCGUGUCCAAGAUCUCCAUGGUCUACGUCCUCAGCCGGGCGCUGGAGGAGAUCCAGGCGUUGGAGGAUCAGUGUUGCAUUCUGGAAGAGAGGAAGAGGAGCAUGACCCGGAAGAGAGCGGGCUACAUCAAGAAGAUCGCCCAGAGAUCUGGGAAGCCCGAGGAGCUGAUUAGUCUGAAGCUGCAGGACAUUUGCGCCAAGCAGAGGAGCCUGGAGUCCAAGAAGAGGAAGGCCCAGCAAAGGGCUCCGGAGCCUGACAGGAAGCAGAGCCCCCCCACCCCAGCGUCAGAAACUGACACCUUCUUCCUGCCUAAGAUCGUAAGUGUCAGAUCGUUGGCGACAUCCCCGCUACUAACCACACCAGCAAGGGAGCAGGAUCUGCAAGCUGUUUUUGAAUCAUCCCAAACAGCAGUCUCCCCAGAGGGGUCUCAGAGUGGAGACUUACUGGGAGACCACCCCCCCACGCCAAGCUCCCUGCAGAAGGAGGGAGCCUGCAGUUAGCGAGAGGAGGAGGAGGAGGAGGAGGAGGAGACUGAACAGUGACACUGUUCUUGUAAACAAACUGCUGAAGCGCACAGUCUUCAGGCUGCCAUCGGACCCACAGUAGCAGGACUCGCUGGAGCCUGUAUGGCCAGAGCACAGUGCUCUGUGGGCGGGGCAUUGUGUACAAUGGAGGGCAGUGUAGUAUGUGACUCCACUCUCAACUCUUCACACUGCCCUGUCUGGUGUUAUUCGUACAUGUCCGUCUCUCUACAUAAGCGUGUACAAACGAAUGUUGCGAGAAAAAUUGGCAUUUUCAAAUGCCUUUUUAUGUAUGCAAUAUUGCCUGAAGUGCUGUCCUCUGGGCCUGUUUUUGGCUAGAGGACCAAGUGCUCCGCUCACUCGGUUUCUCUCUAAACUGACUCCCGAGAGUCGCGUCGUUGUUGAGUUCUUUUCAUUUUUUGAAGCACAAACGUGACGACAUAGCAUUCUAGAGUAAAUACAGGUUUAUAUUGUUUCCCAGUUCACUUUCCUACAGAUGUGGCCUGAGCUGGAAGUGGAAUGUAUUCUAAGAAUGUAGUAAAAGUGCAUCGCGUACUAGCGGUCAGAUGCUUGCGCAUUACACCCAUAUUGGGUUGACUGUGGCACGGUUAGGUUAGUGGUGGGAGGAAGUAGGGCUGGUUUAGGCCUCUUCACAGGCCAGCAGUCUUGGCUGCCCUGCACGUGUACGGUGAAAGACUCCUGGACUGGGAUACCCUUGAAUGAAGAACACAGCGACAUUCCUCUUGUGGCUGUUUGACACUUGACCAUGUGACCAUGUGUUUUUUUUUUUGUUUUUUUUCCUUCAUUGUUAUUCCACUGCUGCUAAACAAACCUAGCGUGACGGGAAAUACAGUUACAAAUCUGGGACGCCCUUUUUUAGGACAACUGUAUGUUCCCUGUAGGAGAAAGCGCACCCCUGGCCUUUAAGACACACUCUUGUCUCUGGAGGACUUCUGUUUUGGAAACCUCUCUGCCACCCUCUCUGUCUCCCACUAAUUUUCUUUGACUUGUUUGUAUGAAUGAAAGAGCGGAGUCAAGGCUUUCAUUAUUAUUUAAAGGAAUGUUAAAGGAAGAGGUUUUCUGCAGAUAACUCCAGAUUACAUAUGUACCUGAAAUAAUGUUUACCAAAGACUAAAUCUCAUGGAAAAUAAAUAGUGGCUAUUAUGUAAUAAUAUGCAAAAUAUUUGAUAGGGCUGCAGUUAUAUUGUUUUUUGUUUUUUUUUGGCAGGAUGCCAUCAGUGUGGGAGGAAAAAAUAUAUUUCUUAUAUUAGAUAAAUGUGAAAUCUUUAUGUAUGCAUAGUUCCCUCACACGGUGCCUACAGCUGUAAUCAGUUCCAGAUGCAAACACUGACCAGCUUCAAACCAUCAUUGAACAAAACGUUUGUCCUACUUGAUAAGCUCAUGACUGUUAACCUGUGUAUGACUGGCAAGCGCAGUUUACAGGUAGUAGUUGUACAGUACUAGCAGAACUACUGCAGCGCACUAACAAACAAAACGCUAUUUUAUUAGGAGACUGAACAGUUGUGAACAGCUCGAAGUAGCAGUUUUUUUACAGUAGUAAAAAAACAGACACUAACUGCCCUUUUGGCUGCCAGCUUAAUUAGUACUGUACUUGUACAUUUAUGUGUUUAAUAAUUAGUUCUCAAAUAUUACAAGCAUGCGCUUCUUUGUAUUCUGGACCGUAUUUUUAUUAUUAUUUUCUUCAUAAAGUCAUGAGCUUGGAAGCAUUACACAAAGCUGCUCAGUAUGCAUGCUUAUUGAGUCUCAGUGGGUAGAUGGUGAACGAUUGGGCAUUUUUGUGGAGUAUUCUUUUGUUUUUUACUGGGCUAUAAAACACCUGAAAGCUACACCUGAAUAAGUGCCUGAAACCCUUUUGUAAUCUCUCUGAGUGCAUUGGCUUUGCAGUAGCAUUCAGAUAUACUUUGUUACUGUCGUCUUCAUAGUCACAGUCAGCUGCUGAAGUGUUGCAUAUACUGUAGUUACAACUGCUUGGUUUCCAUUUCCCAUGCCGUAUGUUAACUGCUGUGUUCAUAUAUUUAGAGGUUGUAUUUAAAGGAGAGAAAGUUAAAUGCUAAAUUAACAUUCAUCUUUAGGUCAGAAUUGUUGGCUUCCUGCUUGAUUAUUAUUACACUUUGUAAUCAGGUCAACAUGUCCUGUUAGCAUAUGUAUAUACUUGUGUGAAGACCAGUGAUAAUACAUGUGAUUAUUUCUUUUUUAUAUGUGACUCACUUUUUAAAUGAGCUGCUUGUGUAUUCAGAUUCUCUAAGAAUUUUUUUAUUUUUAUGUUCAGAAGCUGUUGACGAAAGCAAUGGAAGAUGGGUGUGGUCUUAAAAUUUAAAUAAACCCAUACAUGUAUAUCUAAGUUUGUAUUUUUGUCAGUGCUAUUUUCUGUGACAACCCAAAUGAAUCAGUCAUUCAAUAAAUGUGUGUUAAAACUAG